AUGAACAUCCUCGAAUGGGCUUUUGGAAAGCGUAUGACGCCGGCGGAGCGUCUACGCAAGAACCAGCGUAUGCUGGACAAGGCGAUCCGGGAACUCGACCAAACUCGCGUGAAGCUGGAGAAGCAGGAGAAGACGCUCAUCCAGCAGAUCAAGACAAGCGCCAAAAAUGGACAGAUGGGCGCAUGCAAAAUUCAGGCCAAGGAUCUCGUCCGUACGCGACGGUAUAUUGAGAAGUUUUAUGGCAUGAGGAGUCAACUUCAGAAAAUCUCUCUGCGGCUUCAGACAUAUCGAACGAACGAGCAAAUGAUGCAGGCUAUGAAAGGUGCUACGAUGGCGCUUGGUAGCAUGAACAAAUCUAUGAACCUUCCCCAACUUCAGCGCAUUGCAAUGGAAUUUGAACGAGAGAACGAUAUAAUGGAGCAAAGACAAGAAAUGAUGGACGAUGCGGUUGACGAUGCCAUGGAUGUUGGUGUUGAGGAAGAGGGUGAUGAGGUUGUAGAGCAGGUAUUGGAGGAGAUUGGAAUUGAUCUGAGUCAAGCGCUCGGCGACACGCCCACAGCACUCGGGAAUCCUGUACAGACAGAGAGCAAGAUUGCUCAAGCCGUUGGUGGAGGAGGUGGUGGAGGCAGUGGCGAUCCAGUGGACGACGAUUUGCAGGCAAGGCUGGACAGCCUCAGGAAAUAA